ACAGACUGUACCAUCUCCAAACCUGACGUCCUAUCACCGACUGCGCAGGAGGAAGAACCAGGUGUCAGGGUGCAGGGAGAUCUGGAGGGGAGAGGAACCCCUGUGGAUCCCAGCACUGCAUUCUGGGCAUUCCGCACAUCUGGACCCUACAGUUUCCCUUUGUCCCAUCUGGAUGUCCAUGCCCAUGCCCAUGCGGCGCAUGCCUCACCCCAGCAAAGACUCUCCAGUUUCGACACCUGACGUUUUAUCCCAGGUUAAACUAGAGGAGGGGUCGUGCAGCAGAGUUCAGCAAGAAUUGGAAGAGCGAGAAAUCCCUGCGGAUCCCAGCCUGUCAGGUGAUGGGCUUGUGAUCAAAACGGAGGAGGGGACUGUCAGGGAAGGCCACAACAGCCCAGAGCCACGUGGAGUGCAACUGGGGACGUGCAGAGAGAGCGAGGGGCAGGCUCUUGAGUGGGGAGCACCCUGUGAGAGUCUGCCUGGCCCGGUGAUGCAUCUGGGGAGCGAUCUGGGGCAGCCCAACGAAUGCAGGGAGGGCCGGAAUGAAAUCGCUGAGCCCCAGGGCGUCGUUGCCGUCUCCCGGCUCUGCCAGCCCACGGAGAGGCCCUUUCAUUGCCUGCAGUGUGGCAAGAGCUUCACCCGGAAAGACACCCUGCUGUCCCACCAGCGCACCCACACCGGGGAGCGGCCCUACGCCUGCGCUCAGUGCGGGAAGACCUUUGCACAGCAGUCCAAGCUCAGCAACCACCGCCGCACCCACACGGGCGAGCGGCCCUACGCCUGCAGCCAAUGCGCCAAGACCUUCGGCCGCAAGGAGCACUACACCCAGCACCAGAGGAUCCACACGGAGGAGCGGCCCUUCAUCUGCAGCCAGUGCGGGAAGACCUUCCGCAGGUACUUCAACCUGACGGUGCACCAGCGCACCCACACUGGGGAGCGCCCCUACCCGUGCGCCCAGUGCGGCCGCCGCUUCAGCCGCAAGGAGCACUUCCUGCUGCACCAGCGCAUCCACACCGGGGAGCGCCCCUACCAGUGCAGCCAGUGCAACAAAAGCUUCAUCCACCAGUCGCGGCUCAACUACCACGCCCGCAUCCACUCGGGGGAGCGGCCCUACGCCUGCGCCCAGUGUGCCAAGCGCUUUGCCGAACCCUCCAAGCUGGCGGUACAUUGCCGCGUUCACACCGGCGAGCAGCCCUACUCCUGCCUCCAGUGCGGGAAGAGCUUCGGCCUGAAGAAAAGCCUCGUUGUCCACCAGCGGAGCCACGCUCAGGAGUGGCCCUACCAGUGCUCCGAGUGCGGUAUCCACUUCAUCUGCCAGUCCUACCUUGUCCGGCACCGGCUGGUCCACACCGGGGAGCGGCCCUACAAAUGCACCGAGUGCGGCAAAAGCUACAGCCGCAAGGAGCACCUGCAGAACCAUCGGCGUAUCCACACCGGGGAGCGGCCCUUCCAGUGCACCGCUUGCGGGAAGAGCUUCAUCCAGAAACAUCACCUCCUGAAGCACCAGCGCAUCCACACCGGGGAGCGCCCCUACCAGUGCGGGGAGUGCAGGAGGAGCUUCCGCUGCAAGGAGUCCCUGAAGGAUCACGCCAGGGUUCACGGCACAGAGCUGGGUCACCUGCAGGCUGCGCCCAGUCCCAGGCAGGUAUUGAAGAUGGGCACCGUGGGCGGAUACAGGACAAGCCCUUGGCCCCGGGCCUGGCCCGGCCCCGGGGCGAGGGGGCCCCGGCGGCGGCGGCGGGCUCGGAGCUCGCUGCGCCCGUGCCCGGUAGGCGGCACUGCUCGGAGCUCGCCGCCCCUGGCGCGCCGGCCGCCCGCGCUCUUCGCAGGACCAACGAGGCGGCGGCGGCGGCCGCCCUCCCUCCCAGGCUGCACUCGGGCCGCUCCCUCCCCAGCAUGGCAGCGGGACCCAGCCCACGCCCCUAGCGAGCCCCGGCCCGGGCCGCUUCCCCCGAGAGCCACCCAGCGCGGGGCCAUGGCCGAGUGGGCCCCCGCCCAGAUUCAGGAAUGGAACGUCGAGGCGCAACAUCUGCUGCCUUUGCAGCCGCCCCUUGUCCCCGAGCGCGCUCACAUGAGAGAAGCACAGCUGCACACGGCAGAGGCCUCUCUCUGGACUGUGGUGGCUACAGUGCAGGCCAUGGAGCGGAAGAUCGAUUUGCUGGCCACGCGCCUGCUGAGCCUGGAGGGGAGAUCUGGGACGGCCGAGAAGAAAUUAAUAGACUGUGAAAAAACAGCAAUGGAGUUCAAUAACCAGCUGGAGAGUAAGUGGGCCGUGCUGGGAACUCUGAUCCAGGAGUACGGGCUGCUGCAGAGGAGGCUGGAGAACGUGGAGAACCUGCUGAAGAACAGGAACUUCUGGGUCCUGAGGCUCCCCCCAGGCACUAAAGGGGAGGUGCCCAAGAUGCCGGUGACGUUCGUCGACGUGGCUGUCUAUUUCUCCGCGGAGGAGUGGAAGAAUUUGGAAGACUGGCAGAAGGAGCUGUACAAUAACCUGGUGAAGGAGAACUAUGAAUCUUUGAGCUCGCUGGACCGGACCCGUUCCAAAGUGGAUCCCGAGCCCCGGAUUGAACGAGGGGAAGAGGCUUGUGUCCAAGAGCAGCAGGACUUAAAGGAGAGAGAAAUCCCUCCAGAGCCCUGCACAGAAUCCCUGAUGUCAACGCCCGACAUUCUGUCCCGGAUCAAACAAGAGGAGGGGCCUUUUGUCGGGGAGCAGCAGUUCUCGGAGGAGAGAGGAAUUCCCACGGACCCCUGCGCAGGAGCAGACGCUCUGAUUUCUGCCCAUGACUUUUUAUCCUGGAUUAAACAAGAGGAAGAGCCCUGUGUCCGGGAUUCGUGGGAGCUGGCUGAAAGAGAGAUCCUCACUGGCCCUGGCCCAGGCGACGGGCUCAUGGUGAAGUCAGAGGAGCAGCGUCACCGCCAGGCAGGCCCGGAAGAGCUGGGGUUGCUGGGGGGCUCUGGGGAGCCGCUGUACCAGGCCCCGGCCUACGGGAGCCAGCGUGGCUCGGUGACGCAGCAAGCCGACCCUGGCGAGAACAGACUGGGUAAAUCCUUCCGCUCGGACACCAGCUUCGGCGAGUUACCAGGCACCUUGAUCCCGCGGGGAGCCGGCGCGCUGAGGGAGGAGCGGCCGCACGGCUGCGCCGAGUGCGGGAAGAGCUUCAGCGUGAAGAAGAGCCUGAAGAUCCACCAGCGGAGCCACGCCAAGGAGCGGCCCUACGCCUGUGGGGAGUGCGGCAAGAGCUUCAACUGCCACUCGGGGCUGGUGCGGCACCAGAUGAUCCACCGCGGCGAGCGGCCCUACAAGUGCGAGGAGUGCGGGAAGUGCUACAGCCGCAAGGAGCACCUCCAGAACCACCAGCGGCUGCACACCGGCGAGCGGCCCUUCCAGUGCGCCGCCUGCGGGAAGAGCUUCAUCCGCAAGCAGAACCUGCUGAAGCACCAGCGCAUCCACACCGGGGAGCGGCCCUACCAGUGCGGGGAGUGCGGGAGGAGCUUCCGCUACAAGGAGUCCCUCAAGGACCAUCAGCGGGUUCACGGCGUGGAGCUGGGGGCCCCCCCUGGGCUCCCGCCGGCCCUGGGCAGUGGGGACUAUGGUGCUAUUUGCAAACCGUACCUCCUGUCCUGGACGGAAGAACCGUGUGUCCGGGACCGGGGGGGCUUAGCAGAGCGCGAGAUCCCCACGGGACUCGGGACAGAAUCUCUCGUUUCCCCAGCUGGAGCUGUGGCCCGGACAGAACAGGGGGAAGAGGCCUGUGCAGGGAGCCGGCAGGACUCCGAGGAAAGAGGAACAUCGGUGGCUCUGAGCACCGGUGGGAUCGUAGCGGAGGCGCAGCGUCUUGAGGAGCAUCCCCCCCACCGCGAGCAGCGCCAGAUGGCGUCGGGAAGGCGGGUUUUCUGGAGUCCCGAGCAGAGAGAUCCCCAGGAUGCCCACAGGGUGGAGGAUCAGUGUGGAGCUGCCCUCAGUAAUUCCCCUGAGCAGCCAGUCCUGCUCCCAGGGUCGGAACCUCCCUUGCCCUCCGCGGGGGCAGGAUCGGGCCCUGGGUGGGCCAGAGUUCCCUGCGAGAGCCGAGACGUGGCUGCCCCUUACGCCGCGCAGGCCGGGGAGCGGCCCCGUGCCUCGAGUGCUGUGAAAUCCCAGUUCUGCUCCCCAGCAGAUGAGCCAGUCCAGUGCGACAGGAGGUUCCCCCAGCCCACGGGCCUGGCCGCCCACCAGCCCAAGCCCAGUGGGCAGAGGCCCCAUGCCUGCAGCGAGGGCGGCCAGAGCUUCAAGCAGCAUCAGAACCCGAUUAUCCACCUGAGAACCCACGGCAAGGCCAAGCCCCACCAGUGCAGCCAGUGCGGGCAGAGCUUCCUCCACCGCUCCCGGCUCACCUACCACGCCCGCAUCCACACCGGCGAGCGGCCCUACGCCUGCGCCCAGUGCGGCAAGAGCUACAGCCGCAAGGAGCAUCUCCAGAACCACCAGCGGCUGCACACGGGCGAGCGGCCCUUCCAGUGCCACGAGUGCGGGAAAUGCUACAUCCGCAAGGAGCACCUGCAGUACCACCAGCGCGUCCACACCGGCGAGCGGCCCUUCCAGUGCGCCGCCUGCGGGAGGAGCUUCAUCCGCAAGCAGAACCUACUGAAGCACCAGCGCGUCCACACCGGGGAGCGGCCCUACCAGUGUGGGGAGUGCGGGAGGAGCUUCCGCUACAAGGAGUCCCUCAAAGACCAUCAGAGAACUCACGAUGCUGAGCCAGGGCUGCCCCCCGGCCUGCACCCAGGAGCCGGGCUCAGGAAGCAGAUGCCUCGGUGUGAGAGGGGAGCCAAGGGGGGGUCUGGGAGCUGAUGAUAAUACUCAGCCCUUGUGCAGUGUUUCCCCUGGGCUGGGCCCAGAGGAGCCUGGCUCUCCCCAAGCGUGGGGCAGGAAAAGUGAAAGGACUUGGUCACAACACCGUGCCAGGAAUCGAACUUGGGUCUCCUGAAUCCCAGCCCUGUGCUCUAACCACUAGUCCACACUGCUUUCCUGUAGCAGGAAACUUCUUUUGGCUAAAACCCCCCUCUGAAAGUGAGCUGGGCACAUUUCUCUGCUCAUGUAGAACUGGUCUCUGCCACCCGGAGCAGUGUCCCAGCUACGGGCAUCACAGCCUUCUCCUCUGCAGCUCCUGCUGCCCUGAACCUCUCCAGCCGCUUUCAGAUCUCCUGGGGCUGUAGGUAGCCAUCCUUGCUCCCAUCCCCCUCUGUUUCUCUUGCACAAUGGAAAAUAAAGGUUGGCUGAAUUCUG